AUGUCCGCCAACAGACACUUCGCAUUCCCAGUCUCUGGACCAACCUUCGGCAACGAAGUCGCAGCAUACACCACCCUCAGAAACGACUCCGACGCCUCCCCCAUCUCAUCCAGCAACACAUCGACAUACUCGUCGUCGCGAAAGUCCCGAUCGGCUUUGAAGCUCGUCAAAGCUGUUGCAAGCCCCAUUGGAGGGCUGUUCGACAAAGUCGCGGCCCAGGACCGAGCUGGUCAGGGACUUGCUCGUCAUCAUAUCCAGUAUUGA